AAAACUGAAUCAACUAUGGCGUUCUCAAGUUCGAUCAAGCUAAACGCAUCUUCUUCACAGUGGAUCGGUCAACAUUCGUUCAAUCAGCAACCUGUAUCAACUUGCCGACUUUCCAAUCGCCGCCGCAUUUCCGUCGUUCGAGCUGGAGGAUGUUACCAAGACGAACUUUUCAAAACCGCCAGAACUGUUGCAUCUACUGGUCGUGGUAUUCUUGCUAUUGAUGAAUCAAGCGCGACAUGUGGAAAGAGAUUGGCGUCUAUUGGCUUAGACAAUACAGAAGAGAAUAGACAAGCUUAUAGGCAACUUCUGCUUACUACUCCUGGAUUGGGCGAAUACAUAUCUGGGGCUAUUCUUUUUGAAGAGACACUUUACCAAUCAACAACAGAUGGAAAGAAGUUUGUGGAUUGUUUGAAAGAGCAGAAUAUUGUUCCUGGUAUCAAAGUUGAUAAGGGUUUGAUGCCUCUACCUGGAUCUAACAAUGAGUCUUGGUGCCAAGGGAUUGAUGGUUUGGCUUCUAGAUCGGCUGAAUACUAUAAACAAGGUGCUCGUUUUGCAAAGUGGAGAACAGUUGUGAGCAUUCCUUGUGGACCUUCGGCUUUGGCAGUUAAGGAGGCUGCAUGGGGACUUGCGCGUUAUGCUGCCAUUUCUCAGGAUAAUGGUCUUGUUCCUAUCGUGGAACCUGAAAUCCUUCUCGAUGGGGAUCAUUCAAUCGAGAGGACUCUAGAAGUGGCAGAGAAUGUAUGGGCAGAAGUGUUCUACUAUUUGGCCCAAAACAAUGUCAUGUUUGAGGGUAUUCUACUCAAACCGAGUAUGGUCACUCCUGGAGCUGACCACAAGGAAAAAGCAUCCCCAGAGACUAUUGCCAAGCACACACUAUCCCUUCUCAGAAGGAGAGUGCCUCCAGCUGUCCCGGGAAUCAUGUUCUUGUCGGGUGGGCAAUCUGAAAUGGAAGCAACGCUUAACCUGAACGAAAUGAACCAGAGCCCAAAUCCAUGGCACGUAUCGUUCUCUUAUGCACGUGCUCUUCAGAAUAGUGUGCUCAAGACAUGGAAAGGAAUUCCUGAGAAUGUCGAAGCUGCUCAGAAGUCAUUGCUUGUUCGGGCCAAGGCUAACUCACUGGCUCAACUAGGCAAGUACUCGGCUCAAGGUGAGAAUGAGGAGGCUAAGAAGGGAAUGUUUGUCAAGGGCUACACCUAUUAGAUGUUUUUGUAGUACUCCCUUUUUUUUCUUUCAAAAUACUCAUAUUUAAUUAAUCUUAUUUAGAAAUUUAACUUUUGUUUUUUGAAUUAGUUCAUAUAUGUUGAACAAUUGUUUCUUACUUUU